AAAAUUAGAAGCACGUUCGGUAAUUGGCGGGGAGAAAAAAAAGACACUCCCGCCACGAAAAUUUCUGUGGCUCUGUGCUUCGAGUGAGAGUCUCAUGAACAGUGAUAACAUUGAACUUCUUCCACAAUUUCUAGUUUCCACCACCACAUCUACGUAUUGAAGAAUUCAACAAGUUCACGAACCACCCCAUGGCAACUCUGCGACCUUCUUUCCGUCCAUUAAUCCCACCCUCAAAUUCUCACACUUUCCCAGCCACUCCCUUUAAUUGUUCCCCCAAAUUGAUUGCCUCAAAGGGUGCCAGUGUCACUCUAAGGCACUCUAUCAUUUCUCCUAGGGUUUCCAAUUCCCAAUAUAGUCCUCAAAUCGCGGAAAACCUUAUUGACGUUAGCAUUUUAACCGCUGCCGGAGAGCCAGUGAGAUUCAGCGAUCUCUGGGAUCAGAAUGAGGGAGUUGCCGUGGUGGCCUUAUUGAGGCACUUUGGAUGCCCUUGCUGCUGGGAAUUGGCUUCAGCCUUGAAAGAAUCCAAAGCAAGGUUUGAUUCAGCUGGUGUCAAACUAAUUGCUGUGGGUAUUGGUACUCCCAAUAAAGCCCGUAUUCUUGCUGAACGAUUACCAUUUCCAAUGGAUUUCCUUUAUGCUGAUCCUGACCGCAAGGCAUAUAAUGUUUUGAACCUAUACUAUGGUUUUGGCCGAACUUUCUUCAACCCAGCCAGUGCAAAGGUGUUUUCAAGAUUUGAUGCUCUGCAGAAAGCUGUCAAGAACUACACAAUUGAAGCCACUCCAGAUGAUAGAAGCGGCGUGUUGCAGCAGGGAGGGAUGUUUGUGUUCAGAGGAAAGCAGCUACUGUAUGCAAGGAAAGACGAAGGAACAGGUGACCAUGCCCCGUUAGAUGAUGUUUUUGAUAUCUGCUGCAAAGUUCCCGUUUCCUAAUACUGUACUCUAUUAAAUUUUAAAUUUGCACAGCAUUAGGACUGUUCAAUUUUAGAAGAUGUGUUAGUGGAUUAAAUUUCAGUGAAUCAUAUCGGUGACAACAUAUUUUAAGUCGUGGGUAUGAUUAAAAAUCAUAUACAAAUAUGGUGUAAUUUAUAAAUAUGUUGUGAAUAUAGUUCACACUGUGAAUUCAAUUCUAUAGUAACAACUUCAUUUUAGAAAAGGUGAUUGUAAUAUAUGUUAGCUGUUCAUGUUUUA